AUGUCAAUGACCACAACUAAUCCAAGAAGAACCAAUACUGCAUUAUCAAAGAAACAAACAACACAUGAUAAAACAAGCUAUAAAAAUAAUUUUAGCAAUCCUGUAACAUCUUCCGUUGCUUCUUCAUUGCAUAGAUCUAUGUUCAAGAAAACAACUAACGCAUCAGUUACCAAGAAUUCCAACCGUUUAAAAAUUUCAUUGAUAAAUAAAUUUGCAUCACCAACCGAUAGACUAUUGUCACCAUGCUCUCAAAAGUUGACCAAUCAUAAAUCCAAGUUUUUACUAGCUAAAUCAAACCCAACAAAAUUGAAUUUUGCUGCUAUGAUGAACAAGAAAGAAAAUGAGAUGGAUUCAGAUGAUGAAUAA